UGUAAAGCGGCCGGUCCGGUAUUUCUGCUGCCACCAUGUCCGCAGUCUCUGGUAAUCUCCUUUACUGUCUGCAGUCUCUGGUCAUCUGUACUAUGUCCACAGUCUCUGGUCAUUCCGUGUACUAUGUCCGCAGUCUCUGGUCAUCCCCUAUACUGUGUCCGCAGUCUCUGGUCAUCUCCUGUCCUGUGUCCGCAGUCUCUGGUCAUCUCCUGUACUAUGUCUGCAGUCUCUGGUCAUUCCCUGUACUAUGUCCGCAGUCUCUGGUCAUUCCCUGUACUAUGUCCGCAGUCUCUGGUCAUCCCCUGUACUGUGUCAGCAGUCUCUGGUCAUCUCCUGUCCUGUGUCCGCAGUCUCUGGUCAUCUCCUGUACUAUGUCCGCAGUCUCUGGUCAUCCCCUGUACUGUGUCCGCAGUCUCUGGUCAUCUCCUGUACUGUGUCCGCAGUCUCUGGUCAUCCCCUGUACUGUGUCCGCAGUCUCUGGUCAUCCCCUGUACUGUGUCCGCAGUCUCUGGUCAUCCCCUGUACUGUGUCCACAGUCUCUGGUCAUCCCCUGUACUGUGUCCGCAGUCUCUGGUCAUCCCCUGUACUGUGUCCGCAGUCUCUGGUCAUCCCCUGUACUGUGUCUGCAG